UGUAGUAGGUCGUCUGUAAGGAUGCACUCGUUAAUGCUGUUAGUAUGUAUUUUGUCCAUGUGUAAUGAAUUAAAUGCUCAGUUUUCAUUUCAAGGUGGGGACUUCUGGACCUGGCAUCAGCGUAGGAGACAACGUCCUUUAUGGUUAUACGAUGAUUUAAAAGAGCCACAAUUGGACCCUGCACCAAAGUUCGCUCUGGUGACGCCAGCAGUUUUAAGAGUGGAACAUAAAGAAAACAUCCUGGUGGAGGCAUUUGGCCUUUCUGAGCCUGUCAGGGUUGUUCUCUCAGUUUAUGAUUUCCCAGUCAAGUCAAGGCUACUGUGGCAAGGAAUCAUCACGCUCAACUCAGAUAAUAACUACAGCUUCCUCCAAAGCAUCCAGAUUAAUCCGAGCCUCCUGAAUCCAGAAGAGAAAGAAACCAAGUAUGUCCAGCUAGUCUCUCAAUUUGGACAAUACCAGGAGGUUGAGCAAGUUAGUAAAGUGUCUUUUCUGUCUGGUUACAUCUUCAUCCAAACCGACAAACCCGUGUACAACCCAGGAGACACAGUGCGCUGCCGUGCUUUUAUUUCUAAUGCCGAUUUUCAGGCGUCAGAUGGAACUAUUUCCGUUGAAAUCCAGAAUCCUGAUGGGAUUACAGUCUAUACCACACCAAGAAGCAAAGCAGCAAUUGGCGUUCUCUCCACCACUUAUGGACUCUCAGACAUUGUCAAAGAAGGCAAGUGGAAGGUUGUUGCCAAAUUUGACCACUGGAAAGAGAACACAUUUAGUGCUGAUUUUGAGGUGAAAAAGUAUGUGCUACCAGCAUUUAAUGUUACACUAAUACCAAAACAGACCCACUUCAGUUUGGAAGAUCAGGAGUUGAAUGUGGAAAUACAUGCCAGAUAUGUGUAUGGUGAGAAGGUGGAAGGGGUAGCGUACGUGGUGUUUGGGGUAGAAAGAAAUGGACAAAAAGUUAGACUCCCAUCUAUGAAGCAAGUAAAAAAUCUGGAUGGUGGGAUCGCCACUCUGACCAUAGCUGAGCUUAAGGAUGCAUACCCUAAUAUCAACAGCCUAGUGGGCUCAUCUAUAUACGUCAGAGCUUCUGUCUUGACUAGCUCAGGAAGUGAUCUCGUGGAUGCAGAGAAGACGGGCAUCAAAAUAGUUUUGGCACCCUACCUGCUCACUAUCAAGGAAACGCCAAGGUUUUAUAAAUCAGGCUUACCAUUUGAAAUGAUGGUUACAGUAAGCCAUCAUGAUGGUUCCCCAGCUCCAAACGUUCCUGUUCAAAUAACAUUCCUGCCCUCUCCAAUCACGGUCCACAGUGGCACCAUCAGAGCGUCUCUUAACAUGCCUUCUGACAUGAACUCUGUCACAUUAAUAGCAGAGACAGUAAUCCCAGACUUGAAGCAGGAACAGCAGACAAAGGCUGAAUGGUUCGUGGAACCGUACUCGCCUUUUAAUUCUGACCGGAUUAAUCAGCUUUACAUCACCUUAGACUCAAACACUGUGAAAGCUGGACAGACCUUAAACUUUAAACUGCACCUGAGCACCUUCUCACAAAGAGAACGAAGCUACAUCCAGCAUGUUUCCUACAUUGUGUUGAAUAAGGGGAGAAUAAUUCGUGCAGACAGGGUAAGCAUUGGAGGACAUGAAGUGACCAACAUUCCCCUAAAAGUGACAUCAGAGAUGCUGCCUGCGUUCCGAUUUGUAGCGUACUACGUAUUACCAUGGGACCAUAGCGUGGAGGUGGUGGCCGAUUCCGUUUCGGUGGACGUGGAGAGCCAUUGUGUUGGAUCACUCAAACUUGAACCAUUUAGAGGUGACGUAAAGAGCUCGUAUUCUCCAGGCGACAGCUUUUCUUUUCAAGUUAGAGGUGACCCCGGAGCAAAGGUCAGCCUGGUCGCGGUGGACAACUCCAUUUUCCUGCUCAGUAAGAGCCGCCUGACGCAGAGAAAGAUUUGGGACACUCUCGGAAAGGGGGACUUGGGCUGCUCUCCAGGAGGAGGCAAAAACAGCAUGGGUGUGUUCUUGGAUGCAGGCCUACAUUUUCAGUCCAGCUUCAGUGUAGCAACUGAUGAAAGACAAGACAAACCAUGUCACUGGAAGUCCAGGAGGAAGCGUUCUGCUGAACAACUGCGUCUCAGAGACCAGCUCGAGAAAUCCUAUUCUUCUGACCAGUUACUACAGCGCUGCUGCUCUGAUGGUAUGAGGGAGAUCCCCAUGCCGUACACAUGUCGCCGCCGAGCUCUUUACAUCACUGAGGUCUGGAGCUGCGUGAAGGCUUUUCUUGUGUGCUGCUCGAAGUACAGGGGUGAAGAGCUGGGCAUCAUCACUCCACCCCCAACCACCACUUCACCACUCAUUGUACCUCAGACAAGGAGACGUCAAAAAAUUUUACUGGGCAGUCGUCGAGAAUAUCUUCUUUUAUCUGCUUCCCAACCAAAUAUCCAUCCACGUGUUGAGGAAAGAGUCAUUUCGCAGGCACCACCAUCCUUAGAGGAGGAGUAUGAUGAUGAGGAUGAUGAUGAGGACUAUGACCUGGAUGACAUUUAUGUUCGCACCAAGUUUUUAGAAUCCUGGCUGUGGACUGAUGUCACACUGCCUGCAGCACCAGAGGCAGAUGGAUUGGCUGUUGCCCCAGUGGAGUCUGUGCUCCCUGACAGCAUUACUCAGUGGGGGAUUUUGGGUGUUAGUACAUCAUCUAAGACAGGUUUUUGUGUGGCUGAUCCAUUCAACAUUCGAGCCUGGAAGUCUUUCUUUAUCGACCUCCGUCUUCCUCGCACUGCAGCCAGAAACGAGCAUGUGGAAGUCAGGGCUGUGCUGCACAACUACAUGAACGUGAACAUGAAGGUGUUGGUGGUUCUUGCAAAAACACAGGACGUAUGCAGUGUGGCAUUUACUGAGGAUCAUAAGCAGGAGGUGUUGGUGCGAGCUCGCUCCUCUGUACUCAUCCCCUACACCGUAAUCCCGCUUCGAGCAGGAGAGCUCCCCCUGCAGGUCACUGCUGUGUCGAGUAGCUUCAUAGGACAGGAUGCAAUCCGCAAAAACCUCCGUGUGGUGGUGGAGGGCGUUCAGAAGAUGGAUGUGAGGAGUUUUGUGUUGAACCCUGCUGAUAAAGGAGAUAGAAAUGGAAAUCAGCUGAUUCAGGUGGAUAAAGCUAAGCUGAGAUCAGUGGUUCCUAACUCAGUUCCAGAAACAUUUGUCAAUGUCAGAGGUAAUUUGCUGGCCGACAGUAUUGAUAACUCUAUCAAUAAGGACUCACUUGCGGCGCUGAUCCGGAUGCCCAGAGGCUGUGUGGAGCAGAACCUGGCUAGCAUCACACUGCCACUCAUUGCUACUCACUAUCUGGACCGCAGCUCCCAAUGGGAAAGUGUGGGUUUGCGGCGCAGAGAGGACGCCAUCUCCUACAUUAAGAAAGGCUAUGAGAACCAACUUCAUUAUCGUAAAACGGACGACUCCUAUCCACCAUAUCGCAAUGAAGGAACCAGCACUUGGAUCACAGCGUUCGUGGUGAAGGUGUUCUCCAUGGCUUAUCCCUUCAUCACGGUGGAUAAGCAGCACAUUUGUGGCCCACUGCUCUACCUGCUCAAACACAAGCAGCUGCCAUCUGGAGCGUUCAAGGAGGACAACCCUGUCUACACCACCUCCAUGACGGGAGGUCUUCAGGGUGCUGAAUCCCAGGAAACUCUGACUGCAUUUGUAUUGAUUGCAAUGGCUGAAGCUCAAGGUGUUGUUACAUGCAGCAAGCCAGAUAUAAACACAAAGGUGAGAUUUAGAAGAGCUGGAGAGUAUCUGAAGGAGCGAUACCACCAGCUACGCAGGCCGUAUUCCGUCGCGAUUGCAUGUUACGCUUUGGCUGUGAGCAAUCAGGGCUGCUCGAAAAGCGUGUUGCUGAAAUCAGCAUCACCAGACCGAACACACUGGCCAGAUGCAGGCAAUUCCUUCUUCACACUGGAGGCGACUGGUUAUGCGCUGUUAGCCCUGAUUAAAGGUGGCCAUUUUGAGGAGGCGACGGCUCCAUUUAAGUGGCUAAAUCAGCAGCGACGGGUUGGGGGAGGGUACGGAUCCACGCAGUCCACCAUGGUGGUACUGCAGGCUCUGUCAGAGUACCUGGUGAAGAAACCUCCUCCCUCUGACAUGAAGCUGCAGGUGGACCUCAGUGUUCCUGGUCGAUCAGAUAUACGCUGGGCCUUCACUCCUCAACUGGCACAUGUGGCACGUUCUUCCCGGGUCCCUCUAGAUCAGGACUUUACAGUGCUUGCCUCAGGAAAUGGCCAGGGAAUCCUUGAGGUGAUAACAGUUUAUAAUGAGCUGCCCAAUGAGCAUGAGAAGAGCUCCUGCAAAGGCUUUGAGUUAAACGUUUCCAUUACAGAAAACGGAGAUAAACCUACAGCAGAUAUGGAGAAGGUGUACAAACUCAUCAUCAGUGUGAGAGCUCUGGCACAGCAUCAAGUGCGCAUGGCGGUUCUUGACAUCAGUCUGCCUACUGGCUUUGAACCAGAAACCUCAGACCUCGAGCUGCUAAGCAACUCUGUGGAUCGCUACAUUAACAAUUUCCAAGUUGUCGAUAACCUGAGCGAUCGAGGAUCCCUCAUCAUUCAUCUGUUCAAGGUAUCCAACAAAGAGCCAGACAUCAUCUCCUUCAGGCUGAACCAAAAAUUUAAAGUUGGUCUCCUGCAACCAUCUACAGUCACUAUAUACCAGUAUUACAACACGGAUGAACGUUGCAGCAGGUUUUAUACUCCACCAGAGGACAAAGAGCAGCUCAGUCAGAUCUGCAAAGACAAUAUUUGUCGCUGCACCCAGGGCGACUGUUGCUUUUUGAAGAUGGGCACUUAUACAGUUUCAGCGAGAAAGAAGGCUGCAUGUAGUGGAAUCCAUCACGUGUUUAAGGUCAGAGUGUUGAGCAUCAGUACGAGCCAGUAUGACAGAUAUCAGAUGGAGAUCUUGCGAAUCAUCAAAGAAGGUUCUGAGGUUGGUCUAAAAGAAAAAGAUAUUCGAGUGUAUCUUUCUCAUGCUGGUUGUAGAGCGGGGCUUAAUCUGAUCACGGGGCAGGACUACCUCAUCAUCGGAUCAGCUUCUGACAUUUGGCAAACAGGCAGUGACGAAAAUGGUUACAUUUACAUUCUGGGGAAGAACACCUGGGUGGAGCAUUGGCCAUCUGGCGUGUGUGACAGUUGCGCAGAACUGGACAAUUUCAGCAUAGAAUUGCAGAACACUGGGUGCCAGUCCUGAGAAUCUCCACCAACACACACAUACAGCACAGUCCAUGUGGAAAAAUCUUUCUAAUGCACUAUAAUGUCAUGUGCAAGCAUGUAUGCAGUUUGCAAGUUUGGUGUGUUAAGCUUUACAUGCGAACACAAUUGUUUGUCAAGAUGUCUAUUGGAAAAUUAACGUUAUAUUAUAUAGCAAAUUUGUAGUUUAUUAAAUGG